GGAAAGCUCCAAACCCUGUGGCUAUGGCUUUGCUUUGCUGCGAUGUGCUGUGCGGUAAUACUUCUUCACUGCUGAGGCGUGAGCUCAUGUUUCCUCUGCAUUUUGUUUUUUUCGAAAUUUAGGAAAGCUUUCUUUCGCGAAUGGCCAGCGAUUUUUUCUGAACUCGCAACCACUUGUGCAUAGCCACGCCAUUGCUCGUUAGUUGUUUGCGAUUGUGGAUUCCUAGUUCCAUCGUUUUGGUAUUCGAAUCACGGAGCGGGGAGAAGAAUGGGGCAGCCGAGAGAUCGUAGACCAGAUGCGCUGGGAGAUUUCUGUGUCUUACCCGACGAGACACUGUGUUCGAUAAUUGCAUCUUUGCCUCCUCGAACCGUCGGUGUUCUGGCUUGCGUUAGUAGCGUGUUCUACAUCUUCUGCGAUGAGGAGCCCUUAUGGAUGGAUUUAUGCCUUGAUCUAUAUCACGGGGGAUAUUUGGACUUCGAAGGCUCAUGGCGCCAGUCAGCUUUGAUCAAGCUGGGUUACGUUGAAAAGGGGACACGAUUAGUGAAGCCACCUAUGCGCUUUGAUGGUUUCAGUUCGAUGUUUCUGUACAAACGAUGGUAUCGGUGCAACAUGGCAUUAGAGAGCUUUGCUUGUGACACUGGUGUUAUUGAUCGGAAGAAGAAUCUUUCUUUGGAAGAAUUUCGUUCUAAAUACGAUGGCAAGAAGCCGGUCUUGAUUACUGAUUUAACGAAAGAUUGGCCAGCUCAGAAGACGUGGAAUUGGCCUCAGUUAGUAGAUAAAUAUGGGGAUGUUGGUUUUAAAGUGUCUCAAGCUCAUGGCAGCAGAAUCAAGAUGAAACUGAAGGAUUAUGCCACAUACAUGGCUUGCCAACACGAUGAAGAGCCUCUUUACAUCUUUGAUGCCGAGUUUGGAGAGUCCGCGCCUGACAUGCUGGAGGAGUACAGUAUACCACCGGUCUUUUCAGAGGAUCUGCUUGCGGUUCUGGACAAGUCUGUUCGUCCUCCUUUCCGAUGGUUGGUUGCUGGACCUGCAAGGUCUGGAGCAUCAUGGCAUGUAGAUCCUGCACUUACAAGCGCUUGGAACACUCUUCUCUCGGGACGCAAAAGAUGGGCUUUGUAUCCACCGGGGAGAGUACCACCAGCUGUGGUUGUUCACGUUGACUUGGAUGAUGGUUCCGUAAAUUUCGAUGGGCCGACAUCUCUUCAGUGGUGGUUGGAGGUGUAUCCAACACUGAGGGAUGAAGACAAACCUUUGGAGUGUACCCAACUGCCAGGGGAAACUAUUUCAGUACCGAGUGGGUGGUGGCAUUGUGUGCUGAAUAUUGAUGAUUCCGUGGCUGUAACUCAGAAUUACGUAAAUUCCUCAAACUUGGAACUCGUUUGUUUGGAUAUGGCACCUGGAUUUUACCAUCGAGGUAUUGCUCGAGCAGGUCAUCUCGCGAUACAGGGCAGACAGGAUAAACCAGCCGAGCGGAUUAAAAGUAACGAGGAAUUUUGUGCCAAUUCUGUUGCUUUUGUGGAAGGGAAUUUGUGCAAUGCAAAUGCAAGUGAAUUAUUAGGUGAAAAAUUGGGUCGUGACCUUAACGACCCAGACGGCUACGUUUCAUAUUUUGAUGUGGAUUAUCUAGCAACACAUACAGAAAAAGAGUCGAACCAUUAUAUUUCCAGUACGAGCAAGGACGGCUAUUUGGAUAGAAGUGAAUUGCGGCAUUGGCUUCGUCAGCUAUGGAAACUUAGGCCCGAUCUCCAUGUGCGCCUGUGGAAGUGUGCAUGCCUCGCAGUAGAUGCGGAAUCGUGGCUACAUCGAGUCAUUGCCAUCUGCAAAACGCAUAAUUUCUCAAUACCUGUUGACGAAGAGCAGCUUCCAAUUGGAAAUGGCAGUAAUCCGGUUUAUUUUGUUGGCGAUUUUGUAAUAAAGUUGUGUGUUGAAGAAGGUGGCCCUUGGGUAGCUACUGACGGCCUGCGGACUGAGCUUCAAUUUUACUCCCUCUUGAACGAGACUGGUUCACCAUUAAAGGAUACAAUUCCCUCUUUAGUUGCAAGCGGUAUCGUGUUGCCAGAUGGCAAGGACUAUAAAGUGGAACCAUGGAAUGGGUAUGAGGAUUGUUCAAGAGUCGUUGAGGCACACAGUGUUGGAAUGAAAAGAAGUCGAAACAUCUCAAAACUUGAUAAGAGCAGAUACAGGACCAAUUGUUCAGAGGCUGAGCUUGCAAAAGUUUCAAUCGAUGACAAUGCUAAAGACGCUGAAUACAAUGAGAACCAAAUCACCGGGCUGAAUGAUGAAACAGUUUUUUGGCCUUACAUUGUUCACAAACGCCGCGAUGGCACCAAUAUGGACCGUGUUAUGGAUAUGAUGACAGAAGGAGAUUACGCAGCAGCAGCUGUCUUCCUAGGAGAACAAGUUCGGCUUCUGCAUUCCUUGCCUUUGCCUUCGACAUUGUCAAGGACAACAUGGGCUCAGAAAAUUUCAAGAUUAAAUGGGCAAGGGUCUACAAAUAGUAUAGAGACGUCAGUCACUUUGGGACAUGGAAUUAUGGUUAAUGGCUCUGUAGUAAAGCACUGUUUUGAUUCGAGCGUAUCGACUGAUAAAGCAAACACAGUUGUCGGCAGUGAAAUGUUUUUGCAAACUGGGAUCAGUACUGGUGACAUGGAUAAAAAGAAGGAGUUGCAUGCUGAUAUUCCAAUGGAAUGGCACUAUUUUGUCGGAUUGAUGCGACAACAACGUGCGAAAAUCUUGGAGCGUUUUGAGAUUUGGGAAUCACUACCCCCUAAGCUUCUUGAACAGUUGGAGACAUAUCUUCCUGAAGACCCAGCUGUUCUGGUUGGCUUACAGAAGGUCCAGUGUGGAUCGCCUCGACGUGUGCGGCCUCCUGUAUGGCUACAUAUGGAUAUCAUGGCAGACAACAUUCAGAUGAUUCCAUAUUCUGAGGACAAACAAAUUCCUGGGUUAUUUGACCUCAGUCAGCUCGCCUGUGUAAACAAGGAAAUACGCAACUGUCGGGCAAUGCAACCUCGAUACAUCUUGGACUUUGGGGAUGUGACGCUUGGGGAUCCUUUGUAUGAGUUCUUGGCUAUGCAUGUGAGCGUUUUCAAGAUGGAGCCGCUUUUCAUGAAAAUUGCAUUGAUGGCCUAUGGACUUCCCUUGACUAUACCCAAUUCGACGUGGAAUGAUUCACGCAAAGAUUACACUCGGCCAUCGUAUAGAGCAAUGUGCUACUGUCUGCUACAUGAACAUGAUGCCAUGGGUGAAAUUCUUAAGGAGCGGGAAGAUUGUAGAAAUGUCGACUCUCUUGAAGAGAUGGAGGAGAUGCUUUGGGGUGUUCUAAACGAGUGGAACCCUGAAGCACCCUGGAAGUUUGAUGACGUGUCCGAGUAAAUGUUUAGAAGCCACUUUCUGAGCGUUUGGGUCAAGUAAUUCAUUUUUUAGUAUUAAAAUUGUGAUUUUCGUUUUGAUGCAACACAACAUUGGAUUGGUAUUGGCUUGAUUGACUAUUUUACAUUAUUGUUGAAUGUUAAGAAUGCUUCAUUUAAAUUGAUUUUAUAGUUCCUCAA